AUGAAAGUUAAUUAGUUAUCAUAAAAGAAAGAUUUAUGGGAAGAUUGGGUUCUUUUCAAGAAGACUGAUUUUACAAAUCCAGCUCUUUAACUCAAAAAGCAAGGAGCUUCAUUUAAAAAUGAUUAAUAUGGUGAAUUUACAUACAGACCUAGUUAUUCCAGCCCACCUUCUAUGUAAGAAUUCUGCGAAGCUGUAAUUAAUGGAGCAAUAAAAAGAUAUUAAAUGGGUUUAUAUAAAGGAGAGUACUAAUAUUACAUAGAAUUAUAAAAUUGUUUACACGAGUUCAUUAAAUUACUUAAUUUUAAGAGCGAAAUUUUGGUUGAAGUUUUUUAAAGUAUAACAAAUAUAAAUCUAUCUAAAGAGUAAUGUCCAAACAUCGUAGUGCCAUGUGCUUCUUGCCAUAUGUACAUUUAUGUAAAUUUCCAUUGUAACAGAUGCUUUUCAGCAUUCUACUGUGAUAAAACAUGCAUGAAAAAUCAUAAAAGCAAACAUGAUCAAGAAUGCGGAUAAUUAAUUAAAUUGACUCCUACUAUUAUCUACCCCUUGCAAGUUGAAAUACAUUGUGGAGGAGAUUUAGGAGAAAAUGUAGAAAUUUACUACCAACAUGAAUAAAGAAUAACACUCAAAUAUUGUGGACAAAAGUUUUUCUCAAACCUCUUUAAAAUUUUAUUAAAAAAUCGCUGGCUUAAAAAUAACGGUUAUAGUGUGUCAGAAAAUAAUGAAAAAAAUUGUAUAUAACUAACAUAUAAGAAGGAUGAAUACGGAUUAAAUUCUAAAUCGCAAUAAAACUUAGAAGAAGAAGGAGAAAAGUAAAAUUAAGAGCAACCUAAUGCAAAUCAAUAAAAUGUAAGACAAUAGAAUUAGCAAUCAGAAAAAAAUAAAGAGAAUUCUUCUUAAACAGAAGAAGAGCUAUUUUUAAAAAUGCCAUGUAUUUAAGAAAUGAGAGUUAUUUUCUUAAACUAAGGAGCAAUCCUUCAAGACAUAAUAAAAGAAACUUACGAUUUAUACACUCACUAUAUUCAUAUUUAUUACUAUCCAAUUUGA